AAACACCCAAAACGUCCUCUUUCCUUCGCAUCCCCUUUCCCUUUUCCAUUCUUUGAUUCCGAUCAGAUAUUCUUUGGAUUCAAUCUUUUCGAUUUCUAGGGUUUCAGAUUCUCUUUUUCUUCAACAGUUUUUCUACUCAUCUCGUAUCUGCAUCUCAGAUUCCGAUCCUGUCUUCGAUAAGCAUGUUGCUAGAUCUGGGUUUCUUUUGCAGUUCCUGGAGCAAAUCACGCUGAAAAGUUAAAAGUUGGCUUAUAUGUACAAACCAGCUUGUGGGCUCUUAGAUGGUAUGCAGCAGUCAUCUCAGGACAGUGAUUCUGCAAGCUGGGAAUAUUCAGAAAGUUGCGGAAGGAUUGGUGCAGUUUGCAAAUUUCAAAAGCAGCCUGAAGACUCUUCCUGCAGCAACUUUUUCCUCUGUUAAAAUAUUUCCAUCUAUUAGGAAAAUGAUGGUGGAUAAUAGCGCAUCGGCUAACCGUGGUCUGAUUACUGACACUUCACCUGAGAAGGAUAACUAUGGUGGCUAUGCAAGUGGAGGAUGGAAGAGUGAAGAUGGAAAAUUGAGCUGUGGUUAUUCAAGUUUCAGAGGUAAAAGAGUUAGCAUGGAGGAUUUCUAUGAUGUCAAGACUUGCAAGAUCAAUGGGCAGACGGUCUGCCUAUUUGGGAUAUUUGAUGGUCAUGGUGGUUCACGUGCAGCUGAGUAUUUGAAGGAAAAUCUUUUCAAGAACCUCAUGAAUCAUCCGAAAUUUUUGACAAACACCAGAGUGGCAAUAAGUGAAACCUAUCAACAGACCGACUCAGACUUCUUGGAGUCUGGAAAGGAUACCUUCCGUGAUGAUGGUUCUACUGCUUCAACAGCUGUUUUGGUAGGUAAUCAUCUGUAUGUUGCUAAUGUUGGAGAUUCUCGGACUGUCUUGUCGAAGGCAGGCAAAGCUAUCCCUCUUUCUGACGAUCACAAACCAAAUAGAAGCGAUGAGAGGAAGAGAAUUGAAAGUGCUGGUGGCGUUGUGAUGUGGGCAGGCACUUGGAGGGUUGGAGGUGUUUUAGCAAUGUCUCGUGCUUUUGGAAACCGUAUGCUGAAGCAAUUUGUUGUGGCAGAACCUGAAAUUCAGGAACAAGAACUUGAUGAAGAAUUUGAAUUGCUUGUUCUUGCAAGUGAUGGUCUUUGGGAUGUUGUACCAAACGAGGAUGCUGUUUCACUGGCACUGUUGGAAGAGGAACCUGAGUCGGCUGCGAGGAAGUUGAUAGAGACUGCUUUUAGCCGUGGAAGUGCUGAUAAUAUCACCUGCAUUGUAGUGAGGCUUUACCAUCAUGAAUCUUCAGCAGCAACUGCACCUGAAUUCAAACCACAACCACCCAAAAGCCAAUCCGAAACUGAAACCCAAAUCCAACCAGAAAAUGAACUCGAAACCGAGACUGAAAUUGAAAGUGAAAGUGAAAGCAGAAGCGAAGAAACGAAGACGGAUGAAUGAUUGGUUAAUUUUGUUGGUGUUGUGUUGUAUGAACUAGGGUCUGAAACGGUGAAUAUGGGUGUUUUUAGCUGUUGUUGAUAGGUGUGUUGUGGUAUCUAUAGCAAUGAACGGAGAACGACUUGGGGUGUUCAAAUGCUUGUUCUACCAUCUGCUGCUGGAUGUGUAAAUUCUAUGUUUCGUUUUGAUUAAAUCUUACAGUUUAUAAUAAUGACACCAUUUCCGUUUUCGU